UCCAAACUGCGGCCAAACCGACAGACCUCAUUGCGCCUUGUCCCUCAACUCAGACAUCCAGUCACCAUGUCGUUCUUCCGGUCGAAGAAGCUAGACCUCGGCGGUUUCGUCAACAUCCGCGCAAUUCGCGACCACACCAAGCGGAAGGCUUUCGAGCAGUACGAGCCCGAACGCCAAGCUCUGCGCUACAUCAUCCGCAACACCUCCCUCCCUCAGCGUACCCGCGCGCAGGCUCAAUUGCAGCUCACCCAGAUGCACGCCUACACUCGUCCCACGCAGAUCAAGAACCGCUGUGUCGCUGGUGGUAUUGCACGUGGUAUCAUCCGUGACUUCAGAAUUGCCAGAGUAAGUGCUCAAGAUGGUGGCGGUAUCUCCGAUACGAACUCGGCUAAUGCAGUUGCUAUCUAGUACCAAUUCCGAGAACAGGCGCU